AUGGGGAAACAGAACAGCAAGCUGCGACCAGAGAUGCUGCAGGACCUCCGAGAGAAUACUGAGUUCUCGGACCACGAACUGCAGGAGUGGUACAAGGUACAUUUUCACACACACACACACACACACACACACACACACACACACACACACACACACACACACACACACACACACACACACACACACACACACACACACACACACACACACUAGACAAGAAAGGAGUGGUGACAGCAUAGUGGUGGUGACGUCUUUCAGGUCAUAUGACAUCAUGUCCUGCAAUGUGCCUACUGGGCAUGUGCAUAUCAGAAGUGUGACAUUCAUAGUACAUGGAUGAUAUGUGGUUUAACCAUAGACUGUAUAUACUAUGGACAACUUGGUUCCGUCUCCCGCCUGUAUACGGAUUUGAAGCCAAAAAGCUCUCAGUAUUUCUGGGAUUUUUCUUCAUUUCCUGAAACCAGCGCUGCGCAGUAGCGAUGCACGCAUUUGGCCGCGCAGUCGCCGAGAGUUGCUGUGAUGACACUCGGCUCAAACAGCGUAUCCCCAGGGAGAGCUACUCAAUCCCUGAACACCCAUAGGCUGUAUCAGGUGUCAAUCAUAGAAAACAUGAACCCCCUAAUAACUUUUAAAAACGGAGCUUCACAGAAAAAAGAGGACUUGGGCACAAACCAGUCUUACAAUAACUACAUGUCAACAUCACAUGCAGGGGGGAGAAAAAAUUAUGUUCUGUUCAAUAAAUUUCCAAAGUUUGUCCACAGCCCCAUAAGCUUUGCUGGUGGAGGCGGGAUUUAUGACCUAUACUGCAGCCCAUCAACAGAGGGUGCUGUUUUUGGAGUGGCUUCACCCAGCAAGGAGGCAGACUCUGUCCAUUCUUUAUUUUCAGUAUGGGUUUAACCCAUACUGAAAAUUCUUAGCACUCUGCAAUUUCUAGAGCACUAAAGGUUGACUGUUAAUUCUGUUUUUACUGUGCAAAGUAUGUUUGAUACAAAAUGAGGCAGACCAAUCUAGUGGCCUCAAUUUUCCUGCUAUGAGUUUGUAUUAAAAAAAAAAUAGGAUAUAACUUUUAUGCAAAUUGACUGUAUAGAGUUCAGAUUAAGUUGAAAAAAAAAAUUUUGAAUACAAAUGACCAGCAGAAGGCAGUGGUCCAACUUGUCACAAAUUAGGCCCAUCUGUCCUGCACAGCUAUCAAUGCUACUAUAAGCGAAUCUGAACAGUUGUACGGGCAGUUUGCAGUUGUGAAGGAACAGAGGGUGAGAUAACUAAGUAAUGUCAUCCUAAGUAACUUUCCUAAUAAGGUCAUAUAUUUACCGAACAGCCAUAUUACAUAAUUAUUUUCAGGUGUUAGACUGUAAUUCGUAUUUGCUAGUUUAAGUGGCAGGUCACUCUGGCAGACGAUACAGUUAAUGACAAGCCAUUCAUUUUCCUCUUUUCAUCCAUAAAGGCAGGCAAGCUUAGUACAAGCUGAGUCUGGGGGGGUGAAGAGGGCCACGGCUGAGAUACACACAAAGCUGCUGCUUUGACCUGUGUGCGCUUUAGUGAUGCUGACUGCUUAUUUCCACGUUUUUUAAUGACUUUCUUGGUUGUUUGGUCACAAAAAAACGAGGAUGUUUUUAUGUUUUUAUUGGUGCUCACUUAGCAUAGCUACAUAACAUCAAGAGUGAGUGAGUUUAAAAUGUUUACAGUGAGAACUAAGUUAACUUGACACUAUGCUUGUUAACUUGUUCCAUCUCCUGACAGGAGUAUAAGGUGCAUUUAAUGCAGCAUGACCAGAAUUGACAGGAUGGUAAAACCCCUCUUUGAAUGACCAGAGAGGGGUAUAUAAAAGCAGAAGACAGGAAGGCAACUUGCAUCCUGUGCACAGGUAGCUAACAGGUUGGUGAUAAAACUACAAAGAGCAACUCAUCUGCAUAGAAAUGGCAGAUUGCAUUGGAGGUGUUUUUAGAGCUGUGAGACUUUAAUUCUGGAUUUUAUUGUGGUUACCCACAAGGGAGCUUCUCAGAAAGUUUUUACCCCUCUAGGGCACUCAAAUGAGCCCUCAAUGGGCACUUAAACUUUUAAUGGGAACACUUAUGUAGCAUAAACAGGCUUGUGGUUGGUUGGGCAGCACCAAAUACAGUUAGAGCAGGAAAAAAAAAAAUCUUAUGGUAAUUCUUCUGUGAGACAUUAGAGACAUUUUUAUGGCACAUGUUGGCCUUCUGAUAAACUAGAUAAGCAGCUUGUGAAUAGUUAAGGCUGCACUGGGUCACAUUUUUUUCAGACCAGUUAGAUUCACCUUUGACUGACUGUCACUGUGUAUUAUUUUGUUUCAGGUUGUACAGGACUUAAUUUGUGAAAGAUGUUUUGAAAGACGUAAGCCCCCCUCAAUUGCAUUGAAACUGAUGACAACAGUUUUCUGCAGUCAUGUAGAUAGACAGAAAAAAGGACCAGUGAAGCUAUCUGUUUUUAAAACCACAAGAACUAGUUCAAUCAAUCCAACAUGCUUGUUGUGAAAUAUCAAUAAGAUGUAACAGAGCGUAUGGACGCAGAUGUAAGAAACAACUAGCUGAAACAUGUAUGCUCUACAAGAUUGGUGACAACUAUUGACUCAUUACCCUGGUAGUAAAAAAUAAGUGAAUAGAUUUUUUAUACGAAAAAAAAAAGUUCAUUCAGUAGGAGUUAGUUUUUUUUUUACAUUCCUCACAAUCCUCACUUGGCAUGUUGAAGGUUUUAUUUUCUUUUUUUCUUUCUUGUUUUCUACAAAGAAAAAUAACUUCUCUUUUGAGGUUGUAGCAACCAUUCACAAUGAAAGUUUGUCUCAGCUUCUGAUUACAAAUUCAGCAUGUUUGUAUUCAUUGAUUUACAAUGCAGACAUUUAUCAUAACCCUACCCUAGCCCAUUAAAAGAGAUCUAUUGAUGUACCAUGAGCAAACACUUGGCAAUAGCUGCAAGGAAAAAUCACAACCAUGAAAUCAAGCCAACAUGCUGACACCAUGAAGACACAUGGAGACAGUAUGUGGCUGAGUUCAUGAAUAUGAAUGAAUACAUUUUUAGGUCAUCAGGAACUGGUUAUAGUAGCUUUUUGUGCAGACGUGUUUCAACAGUGUCAUAUCAAAACCACUAAAAGCAGUCUUAAAUGGCACAAUGUUUGUCCAAGACUAAAGGAGCACAGCACCACUUGCUCCCAUCCGUUCAGUCUGAGAGGUGUUGAAGACAUGACCAAGUAAUUUAUCUUGUUAUGUAUAUAUGGGUGUGUUUGUCCAAUGGCUAUAUAGCUUAAUACCGGGGCUAGUGCUGUUGAACAGUUACUUCACCCACCUAAAAUAAGAAUAAGCACAACCACAGAGCCAGCUUUUUUCACCAGUUUGUUAAGACGUCUUGCAUCUUUGUGUUUGAUGUUUUCUCCCCAGCAGACUGCAGCGUAGAACAGAACACUUGCCACCACAGACUGAUAAAACAUCUGCAGCAUCUUACUACAGAUGUCUAUUGAUCAGAGUCUCUGCCCCUUUUUGUAGAUGAAGUCUACAAAAAAUUUGAUCCAGAUAAUUCCAACUGUGAAAUAAUAGAAUGAGCAUAUCAUUGUCAUUCUGUCAUUCUUUUUCAUCUAUUUUUUUAGGGUUUCUUAAAGGAUUGCCCAAGUGGAACCUUGAAUGUGGAAGAGUUCAAGAAAAUCUAUGCCAAUUUCUUUCCUUACGGUGAUGCAUCUAAGUUUGCUGAACAUGUCUUCAGAACGUUUGACACCAACGGUGAUGGGACAAUAGACUUCCGGGAGUUCAUCAUUGCCUUGAGUGUGACAUCACGGGGAAAACUGGAGCAGAAAUUGAAAUGGGCCUUUAGCAUGUAUGACCUGGAUGGAAAUGGAUACAUAAGCCGGGAGGAGAUGCUGGAGAUUGUACAGGUAAUCACAAGACACUGGGGAAUGAAAUGAAAGGCUUGGGUGAGCAUUUAGACCACAAAUAAUUAUUUUAUUUCUAGAAAGAUGUGACUGUCAUAGUUGUUCGACCUCUGACCGCCGAGCAGUGAAAAGCUUCUUGUAAACAGUGAAGUUAUAAACAAUCAAGUGCCUUUUUGGUAAUUUUUGCUUCUACAAAGGUGGACCAGAAGACAGAGGAACUUAAAAAAUCUAAGUUCAGCUAAUAAAAAUAACAAGAAAAAAGCUAGACUCACCAGGUAUGUGGAGGUAUAUAGGCCAAAUAAAACAAGCAAUGAUGCAUGAAAUGGAUUUUCUUUAGAACAAGUGAUACCUAAUGACUUAAUAGUAAAACAAAUAUUCUGGUAAAACUACCAAUAAACCUCUUAAACCAUUGUUAUUUUUGAAAUAUGUAGUUUGUGCAUAUCUCACUACCCCCAGAUAAAGGCUAACCCUUACCAAAAAAGUAUACCUCAAGUCCAUUUUAUGAAGUAUACUGAAGUUUAUUUUUGUAUACUCACCAAAGUGUACUUUAAACACUGGGCAUGCAGCACAUGGGGGGAACACAGUUUCUGACAUGGAGUGUGUGUUAAUCGGCUAUCUGCACUCUAAAUCACGAUUAAAAUGACAUUUUGGUACGCUAUUAUUUCAAUAGUAAUACUUAUUUGUAUACUUGGCUUGUACUGCUUAUAUUUUUAAGAGUAUACUCUUGAAAACAUAUAUGGAAGUAUUCACCGACCAAGUUAACUUAAACCUAAGGCACAAAUACAUACUUAAGUAUAUCUUAAUAAAAAGUUUAUGUAUAAGUACAGGUUAAAUAUAUUGAGACUUUUAGAAUAAUUCUUAGUACAAGCCAAGAAUAUUUAACAUGAACUUUUUUAAGUAUAUCUCUGAAAAGUCCAUAAAAAGUCAACUGAAAGAUUCUGAGUUUCAAAAGAGUAUACCUGAAGUACACUCCAACAUACUUCUUUUUGGUAAGGGAAGAUUUAGAGAGCGAAAUGUCUCCCCAAAUACGUCAUAUACCUGUAAUAAAAAAAAUGGGUCACUAAGCACAGUGAUUUUAUUAAUUUUGUCAUUGCUUUUUUCAUUAUUUGUCGCCGUUACACUUUGUGGUGAACAGCAAACAAAUCACCACUACAGCUGUUUUUUUAAUGCUGAUUUUAGCCGUGACUAGUGCUACAUAUGAUUUUUUUUUUUUUUUUUUUGUGAUGAUGACUUUUUAGGUGACUUUUGUUUGAUAUUGAGGGCUUUUUCCUCCUUUGGAGUACUUGUUAAAGUUUGUAAGUUCCAGUUACAUGACCUUCUUGGUGUCUCAUGGAUGACAUAUUUUUUUACUCUCUUGACAGCUUGUUGGUGGCCCACUGUGGCAGCACUUGUUCCUUUUCUCUGUUUGAAAUGGUGGAUCAGAUACUGCCAUCUACUGUGUUAGAAUCUAUAGGCCUAUUAUUAGGGAAAUUAAAGCGACUUCUAAUCAGUCAUUCUCAAUGUAUUUUAUCAGAAUUAUACAUGAUAUCAAAGUAUUCUCUUAGGUAUUAUUCAUCAUUCAUUCACCCCUACUUUUUAUAUCCAUUUACUUUAUACUUAAUGCAUCUGUCUUCGUAAGUGUGAGGAUAUUCAAUCACCAAAAUACAAAGACAAAUAGACGAAAUAUGUUGAUGGAAAUACAUCACUUUCAGGUAGAGUGUAAUCCUGUCACACUUGGGGAGCAGAAAUAGAGGUCCAUAUGUCCAUAUAUUAGGAUCUGAUGUGUGUGUGUGUGUGUGUGUGUGUGUGCUCCUUCUCUCUUCCUUGAACACUGAAAUUGGAUUUUUACUUUAAAGCCAAAGGAUUCAAAAAAAAUCUCAAAGCACAGAUCUUUUUUUAGCAUGCAAGCUACAAUUCCCAAAGGCAGAGACCAUCAAAGAAGCAUUGUGGACACAUUUAGAGUUGAGUUUUCAAACUUAUUCGAGGUAGACCAGGCCAUAGGAAGCCACAAACUUUUUUUUUUUCUGAUGUAAAUAUGCCUUAUGCCACCAUAGAGGCCUCUUUAGUCUACCAGUUAUGGUUAUAGCAUAAUUACAUUUGAGAAAUAGUGUGGGGGAGAGCAUGAAAAUAACAGUGUCCCCCACUUACUAUGCAAGGAAAAGUGCUUUUUUAUACAAAAAUUUUCCAACAAGUAAGAGCACGAGACAGUUCUUGACCCAGACAAGAGAUGAAACCAACACAUAAUUUGUCCCAAAGUGUAGUUUACCCUUCACUGAUAAACCCCAAAAUGUUCAAGCUGCCUAAGACUUAAUGAAUACAAAAAGUCAUGUCAUCUUUUCAUUAUUUGCUGCCUGCCUAUGAGCAAAUCACCCAAAUUAAAGGUUAGUGCCAGGUAAAAGCAAAGCCCAUGGAUGUUAUGACUCUGAUCAAUCAUCAAUUUAGAGCAUCUCUGUGCUACCUUUCAGUAAAUAUGUCAUCCCGAGAUAGACUCAUCCAUUUACCAAACUGUUUGUUUCGUAAGGCUUUCUAUCCUGAUGAUAUGUGUUUUGUGAAUCUGGCAUGUUGUUGUGCCACAGCCAAAUCACUCUGUUGUUGAUUAUGUAAUUGCACAAGGAGUAGCUCUUCAUAUCUGGACAAACAGAGGCCAUUUAAUGUGACAUUCAGAAAGUGUGUUAACAUUAUCUUGAAAAACAGCUUUAUUCUCUGUUUUGUUUUGUCCCAGUCCUCUCCUGUCGAGUCUCAGUAAUUGGUCUUUGUUGGCUUGAAUUUACUUUUCUUCUCCCAGCCCCAUAAUUUCCAUUAUCUCUCCCUGGCUUUCUCCCCUCUGUCUAUCAGGCCAUCUACAAGAUGGUGUCAUCUGUGAUGAAGAUGCCUGAGGAUGAGUCCACACCAGAGAAGAGGACGGAUAAAAUCUUCAGACAAAUGGAUCUUAAUAACGAUGGUGAGGGGAGGAAAUGGCAACAUACAGGGAUGAGUUUGCUGUAGACAGGGAGCAGGAUGGGGUGGAUCGAUUGGGGAUGAGUAUUGCAGUUUAUUGCAGAUAUUCAUAUGUUCUCACUUUACUUGAAACUGGAGAUCUUUGAAAGUAUUUCAGGCUCCAUAUAUAACCAUAUUGAUUCCACUUUUUGAUUUAGAAAGCACGCUUUUCUGUCUACAGAUUAGUUUCCAACAUAAAAUUGAAAAAUAUAUUUUUACUGUGGGCAUGAAGAUUUCAACCUUGGAGAUAAUUGAAGUGUAUCAUGAGUGUCGUAAAUGUCAGUUUUACAUCAUAAUCCAUAGCUUACCGUAAACAUUAUAAGCAUACAUCAAUGCCAUACCUAAAAAAUAACUCAAAGUUGACUUGAGAAAAUCACUCUGACCCAUACCUUUAAAGAAUUGCGGUAGCCUUUGCAGUAUUUUGCCUGCUUGCAGUAUUUUCAGUUCACCAACAGGUGGCAUGAUGUCAGCAUUAUUGGUUAAAAAGACAGUGGCACUUGAGACUCUGCAGCUCCAUAGUGAAGAUGCAAGGAAAGAACACGAAAUUCAGUCCACAGAGUAACCUCUUGUUUUUUUUUUUACUUAAUUGUUCGCAUGCUGGUUUUACUGCCAAAGCAAGCUACCCGAAGCCCUCGGUGAAAUAUAUUGAGGGUAGCUGGAGGAUUGUGGUUUGGUUUUAUUUUAGUGGUCAUAGUUAACUACUUUGCACACUACCAUCAGCUCUGAAAAGCUUUGGUUUACCCUGCAGCCCAAAUAAAUAUCAGAGAAGCUUGGCUUCCAACAAACACAGAAGGAGUGUGACUUAAUGCUCACUUUUGUCCCCCAUAACUCUUCACACGGCAACAGCACAACACAACAUCAUUAACAUUUGCAAACUACUUAGAAGACACAAAACGGAGAACAAAACUCCAGUUCUGUUGGAUAGCCUGUCUUUGAUCUGUGUCACAAGCUAGUGCAGCAGACCCUCACAAACCAGUUAUCAAACUCCUGAUAAUAGCAGAGGAACUGUUACUAACUAAAGUAUCGGAGUGUUUGAGAAUUAGAAACAGAUUUAUAGGACAAGUAUGUAUGCGUAUAAAAGGGAUUUGAGUCUAGUUAACUAAACUAUCAAAUGCUGAACAUGAAUAAAAACAUUAUACAUGCAAUAUUAACUAUUAUGUUCAAGCCUUUUUACAUUUAACAUUUAAUCAUCACACACAGAGCUACAUCAAACAUCAAAGUAUUACAUACAAAUGUGUGAAGAGCAGUAGUGCAAUGGUGAGUAGGGCAAAUGAUGCUGCAAUAAUCAUGAUAAUAAAUAUUACUUAUUUAACAGAUUCUCGUGUGCCUAAGGUAGACAGUUUUUCCAGUAUCUAUAACUAAAACAGUGUGCGUAAGUGCAAGUCAGAUUCUGUGAUUCUUCUGAACUAGACAGUUCUUGCUGGUUAAAGUCUGUCAUCACUUCGUUUUUAAAGUAACUUUUUUUUUUUUAACAUGAAGGCUUAAUCUGUUUACUCGCUUAAUUAAAGGCCUUGAACUCUGGCUGAAUAGUUAAGCUCAGGAAACACAGAAGCUGAAGAAAUAUAGGAUUAAUGAUGAGGACCAGCCCCAAUUCUACAAGAGUGCUGAGAAAAUUGAUGAUGAAAACAAAAUUUGAAAAUCAUCUGAAGCUUAUAUUUGUCAGAAAAUAUUCCACCUACAGCUCAUUUAAUGUUAAAAAUUUAUUAUUUUAUGAAAAGUGUGUUUAUUUUAAAUGUGAUACCACCAACAUGUUUCAAAAGUAACUCAAGUAAGUAAUCACCUUUUUAAAAGUAAUUGCCUUUUUGUAAUUACUUCUUCUUUAGCAACACUGUUAAUGUUCAGUAACCAAGGAGACCAUUUCCUGGGUCAUGAAAUUGAAUUUUUUCCUUCUUGCCUUAAAUGUUUACAAGACAUGACAAGUUUGGGCUACACCUGGACUUUUUUACUAUGGAGCCAUGCCAUUCUAAUACAUGCUAAAUACAAUUUGGCAGCUUCUUGCUUAUGAUGCAAAAUCUUUCCUGUAAAAGGUUUUAUCUGGAUGGCAGCAGAUGCAUGGGCUGGAGCGUCCAUUAUUUCCAAAAAGAAGGUUUUGAUUUCAUUUGUGAAACCUUAAUAAAGUUUUCCACUUGACAUGAACGUCAUUGCCAUCUCGUUUCAGUUAUUAGCCUUUGCCCUUUUAGGCAGUCUUUUCAUAAAAUUUUGUGCUGCAGUUGAUGAAAUCCCUAAAUUCUUGGCAACCAUUUCCUCACCCAUUCCUGGAAAGAGUAGUAAACCUCUUCCCAUGUUUACUUUUGAGAGACUCAGGUUUCUCUGGAUCAGGAUGAUCUUUUUAAUUUUUUUUUUUUUUUUGUAGGAGAUGUUUCUGUAGGUGUUUUUUUUUUUUUUAGCAUUACACAAUUUUUCACUGUUUAGUUUUCCCUGUCCCAAUUGUUUUGAAUCAUAAUGCUGGCAUCACAUUUAAGAUGAGUAUAUAUUUUUCAUAAAACAAGAACAUUUUUCAGUUUCAGCAUUGAAUUUGUUGUAUUUGCACUUUUCAAUUUAACAUGGGAUUUAAAUGACCUGCAAACCAUCAGAUUUUGUCUGAUCUUAACAGCCUUGUAGUAUGUAAUAGUUUAGUCUCUACCUCUACUUUAAAAACUAGUUAACUUCAUUCAGAUUUUGCAGGCUACAUGUACCAUGUAAAGCCCAUAUUUGCAUGGCACAUAAUGUUUGUCUUACUAUUCUCUUUUUCUGUUAUCACACAGGUAAAUUGUCCCUGGAGGAAUUUAUCAAAGGUGCCAAAAGCGACCCCUCCAUUGUCAGGCUACUUCAGUGUGACCCGAGCUCUGCUUCCCAGUUCUGA